UCGACGAUAGCAGGUCCCAGUGACAGGAGGCAGACGUCAUUCUGUGCCUUCGGCAGCGAGAGUGUCAGAUCGUGCUCGUUGCGUCGUGCGAACAUUUUUAUCGCGCAGCAAUUCUAUCAACCAGCGUCGGGGGAUAACGCAUAUCGCAGCACGGAUUUACUGGACCGCACGAGACGUUGCUUUCUUAGACAACUCGUAACACGCAAAUACAAAAAGGGACUUUAAGACACACAGACAAGGCCGGAUGUCUCGAGUCCGGUUUCUGUUAAUUUGGCAACGCCUGUGUUAAACCGGAAGUCGCUUUAGGCAAAAUGCCGGGGAGCAUUGGCGGCUCGUACCGGUCGCUGGGCGGCUCUGGAUCUGAUAUUUACCGGUCUACAACAACCGCUGCAAAUGGUUCUAAUGGCUCUACCACGAUGAUGGACACGGUGAAGAAGGCUUUCAGCUUUGUCACGGCUACAAAUGGCGGCAACGGUUUUCCAAGUGAGCCGCUAAUCGCCGAAGACGAUGUCAAACAACCGGUCAUCAUUGCAUCCAGGACUGACAGUGCUAACACUAACACAAUUAGAAAAAUGCCUACAUCAGGUGUAGCUGAAGAAGCAGCCCUUUUGGGCACGAUGCCAUCGGACAGUAUGGACGACAUCGAAUUGAAGAAUAUUCAGCUGCAGUUCCCUUCGACCCGGUCGCUCUCGCGGGACGAUUCGUCCGCUUGCGAAGAGACGGUUGAAACGGAUCGCGGACCGCUUGUUGUUGCUAUUCAGGGUUCGCGCAACAAGCCCGCGAUUUUGACGUAUCACGACUUGGGUCUUAACUAUAUUUCGAAUUUUCAAGCUUUCUUUAACUACAUUGACAUGCGCGCUCUUUUGGAGAACUUUUGCGUGUACCACGUGAACGCACCCGGACAAGAGGAAGGCGCGCAAACACUUCCCGAGGAUUAUAUUUAUCCGACAAUCGAUGAGCUCGCAUCACAACUAACGUUUGUGCUGUCGCACUUUGGGCUGAAGCAGUUCAUCGGCUUCGGUGUUGGCGCUGGCGCUAACAUCCUUUCGCGUUUCGCCCUUGUCAAUCCACACAAGGUGGCGGCGCUUUGUCUCAUCAACUGUGUCAGCACGCAGGCUGGCUGGAUCGAAUGGGGCUACCAGAAGCUAAACGCACGCUACUUGCGCUCGAAAGGCAUGACCCAAGGUGUGUUGGAUUACCUCAUGUGGCAUCACUUUGGACGGAACACCGAGGAGCGAAAUCAUGACCUGGUCCAGGUGUACAAGUCGUACUUCGAGCGCAAUGUAAACGCGACCAAUCUGGCGUUGUUUAUCGAUUCGUACAUCAAACGAACCGACCUGAACAUUCAACGCGAGAUGGAUCCCACCAAAAAGAAGGAGGGUAUGACGCUGGGCAUGCCUGUGAUUAACAUCACUGGUUCGCACAGUCCGCAUAUGGACGAUACAGUCACGUUGAAUGGACGUUUGGAUCCCACGAAUUCAACAUGGAUGAAGAUAUCUGACUGUGGCAUGGUAUUGGAGGAGCAGCCAGGGAAGGUGAGCGAAGCGUUCCGUCUCUUCCUGCAGGGCGAAGGCUACGUGGCACCAUUGUCGCCUACUAAGAUGGCGGACUUCCGCAAGGCGUCGUUUGAAGAGCUGCUUAAAGCGAAGUACGGCAACUGCGCCGACCACAGCAGCCCCAUGCUUGCGCGUAACAUCCACAUCACUGAAAAUCCGAUAUCGGCCGUCGUCUGCUAAUCGCCGGCCGAUUAUCCGACAAGUCACCCGACGCCCGAAAAUAGUCUCGACGAGAGUGCGAAACAACGCUGCUUUACUAUAACCAAACAUAUAUACAAAAAAAGGAAACACGUUGGAUAUCACCACAGGAGUUUGCAACAUAUUUCACCGACUCACGCGCGUCUCACGUACGUAUCGCCUGGCUGUAUUGAAAUUUACACUAGUAGAUGAAACUAGGGAGAAAAUAAUAUAGAGGUGGUGAUUAAAUGUGUUUAAGAGUUCAAUAGAUGGAGCUUGAAAGCUUGCGGUGCUUGCUGCUUGCGAGCGAACACAAAUUCUAAAGUAGGCCACUAUCGUGCAUAUCAUUUUAAUUCGACGCGAGGGGAGAAAAUGGCGGCUCAAGGUGGCGCCACUUGUAGGGACAAGAUGGCGACCGCCGUAAAUUUCAAUACAGCUGUAUCCUACGUAGGUAAUAAUUUGAAACUGCGUUGGAUUUCAAUUUUCGGCCACUGCCCUAAGAUUAUUACAUUAGUGUCGCUUCAAUGUUUGAUAUCAUUUUCGACAUUGUUUCGACCCCCCAACGAAUUGCACAUAUCGUUUCAAAGUCAUACCCAUAAUCACCACACAUGAUUGGUUUACAGGCGCGGGCACGCUGGCUGUGUUGUUAGCGCAAGCGUAUUUGUGGGCAAAACAUUAAAAAUGAAGCUGAGAUAACAAAAGAGACAGAUUUUAGUCUAGGAAUAUUGUUACGAGGGCUUUAGUGCUUUUUCGGUGCAAUGAUGGACACACAAAAAGUACACUGCAAAGAACUAAUAAGGGCCUAAUUUACAUAUUUUACCUUUGUUAACUUAGAUUUUACAAUAAUCUAGAAAAGUAUUAAUUAUUUUCGAAUGUUUUAAACGUUUACAAGUUUUACGAAGUGAUAGACACGUACGUUCUCGAUAGCUUUGUUCCAUCUUUGGAAAUGCAUUCAUGUGGACCAAAUUUGGAACAAACUAGUUUUAUAUUGAUUGUCGUAUUAUGAGAUGCAUUUUAUAAGUUUUAUUUUUUUGAUUAACGCCUGUUGCAUAGAGUAUUAUGUUGCACAUUGUUUACCAUGUCAAUUGGCAGGAUAUGAUAGCAACAAUUUUCUCCAUAGAAUUGUUACAAGCGCAAGGCGGUAGAUCGCGAGAAGUGUACGAACACAAUAUUAACGAUUACGAUUACCGAAGAAACACCACACUAGUCUCUUAGUUGUAGCUGAAAAUUACAUUAUUAUUCAUUAGCGUGAUAUAACAGUACAUUUCUUAUUGAUUGUUGUUGACGGUUACUAACAAAGUGCUGAUUUAUUCGAGACCUUCGAAUUUGUUGUGCAUCUAUUUAGUGCAGUGCGAAAAUACGUAGCUGAAAAUAAAAGCAAAAAAGAUAAAUAAAUGCUGUUAAACAAAGCACUUUAUUGUAUCAUCUAUUGACGAAAUGGUGUUGCUGUGCUUUUUGUCGAUGAAUUGCGAACGCGCAGUUAGCCAUCGAUGCACUGUUAUAACAAUUGAUAGGUUGACGAAAAGCAGGCAAGCAUCGAGGCAUGCACUGAUUUUGAGCAUGGAGUCUUAAGUAUGUGGGAAAUGAUAACUAUAUACAUAAUGAAUAUAUUAAUAUAUUGUGCCUGACUUUGUUAAUUUUAUGUUUAGCACACUAUAAUUUUAAUAAAAAAGUAAAACGUUA